AUGGCCAGCCCCCCGUCGGCUCCUCGUCAUGGGGGUAAAUCCGUGGAGCAGAUAUAUAAGAAGAUGACCCAGAUUGAGCACAUCCUUGCGCGACCUGAUACCUAUGUUGGCAGUCUGGAGCAUCAGACUGAGCGCAUGUGGGUAUGGGAGUCCGAGACUGGUCAUAUAGUUCAGAAGCAGAUAACAUUUUGUCCUGGACUAUAUAAGAUCUUCGAUGAGAUCCUCGUCAAUGCGGCUGAUAACCUCCAGCGAGAUCCGAAACAUAUGAAUACUAUUAAAGUGGACAUCGAUGCUGAGAACGGCUUCAUCAAGGUAUAUAAUAAUGGCAAGGGUUUGCCGAUACAGAUACACAAGGAGCAUCAUGUUUAUGUACCCGAGUUAGUAUUUGGUCAUUUAUUGACAAGUGACAACUAUGAUGAUAAAGAAAAGAAGGUCACUGGAGGCCGCAACGGCUACGGCGCAAAGCUGAGCAAUAUCUUCUCGAAGAAGUUCCUCAUCACCACUGCUGAUCGCACCCGCAAGAAGCUUUAUAAGCAGCAGUUUGAGAAAUCAAUGCAGAAGAAAAAGGAACCGGUCAUUACCGACUAUGACAAGGAGGAUUUUACCUGUGUGCAGUUUUGGCCGGAUCUUGAAAAGUUCGGUAUGACUCAUCUAGAUGCCGACAUAGUGUCACUCAUGUCUAAACGUGUAAUCGAUGUUGCUGGUACAUCAGCAUCGAAAAAAUGCAAGGUGUAUCUCAAUGGUAAACGCGUACCCAUAUCGAGCUUCAAGGACUAUGCUGAACUGUAUCUCACUGGAGAGUGGGUGGAUGCUCCUAAGAUCUACGAGAAGGUAGCUCGAGCUAACGUGUAUGUUUCCUGUGGACAUGUGCAGGUAUCGGACCGGUGGGAGGUCUUGGUAACGCUGAGUGACCCCGCGGGUGGGGGUGGGCAGUUCCAGCAAGUGUCCUUUGCCAAUUCAAUCAAUACUGUAAAGGGUGGGACUCAUGUGAACCAUGUUGCUGAACAAAUUGUGAACGCCGUGUUAAAGAAGGCCCAGACGAAGAACAAGGGUGGUAUGGAACUAAAGCCUUUCCAAGUGAAAAACCAUAUGUGGCUCUUCGUGAAUGCUCUUAUAGAGAAUCCAACCUUUGACUCGCAGACCAAGGAGACACUCACGUUGAAGGUGGCUAAGUUUGGGUCCAAGUGUGUUCUCUCUGAGGGUACUAUGAAGAAGGUCCUCAGCUCAGGGAUAGUAGAUCAGGUCGUCAACUGGGCUAAAUUCAAGCAGACUGCAACGCUCCAGAGUAAAAUCAAGGUAGGAGGCACGGGUGGUCAGACGAGGAUCUUCGGCGUGCCAAAACUCGAGGACGCUAACGAUGCUGGUGGUCGCUAUUCGGACCGGUGUACGCUGAUCCUCACAGAGGGAGACUCGGCCAAAGCCUUGGCAGUGGCUGGGCUGGGGGUUAUUGGUCGGGACAAGUACGGGGUAUUCCCUUUGAGAGGUAAAGUGUUGAAUGUGAGAGAGGCGUCGUAUAAGCAAACCGUUGACAACAAGGAAAUCCAGGCCAUACUUAAGAUCAUCGGACUCGAGCCUAGGAAGGCGUAUGACGGUGUGAAGGGCCUGCGAUAUGGCUCCAUCAUGGUCAUGACCGAUCAAGAUCUCGAUGGGUCGCAUAUCAAGGGACUGCUUAUAAACCUAGUGCAUCACUGGUGGCCUGGCCUACUCCAGACUCGAGGCUUUAUGAAGGAGUUUGUAACUCCCAUUGUGAAGUGUGUAAAGGGCCGACGGGAGCUCAGCUUUUUCACGCUCACUGAGUAUGAGGAGUGGAAAAGGAACAAUAAUGACGGCAAAGGCUGGAAGAUAAAAUACUACAAAGGUCUCGGUACUAGCACCAGUAAAGAGGCUCAGCAGUACUUCUCACAGAUCUCAAAGCACAGCCUUUCUUUUGAUUAUCGUGACGGGGAUGAUGGUGAGGCGAUAGAUAUGGCAUUCAAUAAGAAGAGGGCGGAUGAUAGGAAGGAGUGGAUCAAUGGUUACGCUGAUGGAGACUGCGUUGACCACUCUAAGGCAUCUCUGAGGUAUUUGGACUUCAUCAACAAGGAGCUUGUCCAGUUUUCGAAGUAUGAUGUUAUGAGGAGUAUCCCUAGUAUGGUUGAUGGUUUUAAGCCCUCCCAGCGUAAAGUGCUGUUCUGUGCCUUGAAAAGGAACUUGAAGUCUGAUACUAAAGUGGCCCAGUUCGUGGGGUAUGUUUCGGAGCAUUCGGCCUAUCAUCACGGCGAGCAGAGUUUGGAAUCCUGUAUCGUUGGCAUGGCUCAGGACUUCACUGGCUCCAACAACCUCAACUUGCUGUUCCCCUCGGGUCAGUUCGGUACCCGGCAGCAGGGAGGAAAGGAUGCUGCCAGCGGACGAUAUAUCUACACUAGACUAAGCAAGUAUACUAGGACCAUAUUCCAUCCGGAUGAUGACGAUGUUUUGGAAUAUCUAACAGAGGAAGGGCAAAGCAUUGAGCCUAAGUGGUACUGCCCGAUCAUACCAAUGGUCCUCGUCAAUGGUGCUGAGGGUAUCGGCACAGGAUGGUCCACCAAUGUGCUCAGCUAUGACCCUAGAGAGAUCAUUCACCUGCUAAGGGCUCUUAUACGAGGUGUUGAACUUCACGAUAUACAUCCCUGGUAUAGAGGCUUCACGGGAUCCGUGGAGCGAAACGAUAAGAAUGGUUACGACUUCGUGGGUAAGGUGAGGAUGGCCAGUGAUGACAGGACUGUUGAUAUCACUGAGCUACCAGUCAAGACGUGGACGCAGAAUUAUAAGGACCUCGAUACUCUUGUUGUUUCGGUCAUCCUUCUCGGUAGGUAUCAUACGGAGCACAGUGUUCACUUCAAGUGCACACUCCAAAACGAGGCUGCUAAGAGCGUUGUGGACUCCCUCGGACUGGAAAAGGCUUUCAAGCUGCGCUCAGCAUUCUCCACAACCAAUAUGGUCCUGUUUGACAGGGAUGGUAAGAUCAGACGCUACGACAGUGUGUUGGAUAUCAUCAAGGACUUUGCGGACUUGAGGCUGGACAUGUAUGUUAAGCGGAAGGAUAGCCUCAUUGCUAAGCUCACUAAGGAGAUUCUUAUCCUAUCUAAUAAAUGUCGAUUCGUGAUGAUGGUUAUCAAUGGUGAGAUAGUCUUUCAGAAGAAGAAGAUUGUACAGUUGAUGGAGGAGCUCAAGCGAAAGAAGUUCAUGACUAUGAUGGAAAUUGAUGCCCAGACUAGAGCAGCCAAGAUAGGCUCUCUCAAGGGAAAGACCGUCGCUGCUUCUUCCGCUACAAGUGAUGAGGUGAAGUCAGAAGGAGAGUCCAGUGAGGAGGAAGAGGAGGCGGACGAGGAGGCCAAGGUCGAAAAGCAACAGAAACGCUCGGGUUAUGACUACCUCUUGGCGAUGUCAAUGUGGAGUCUGACUCUUGAGAGAGUGGAAGCAAUGGAACGCCUACUGCAUGAUAAGGAGGGGGAGCUUAAAGUCCUUCGUGGGCGGAGUAUCGAGGAAAUGUGGGACCGGGACUUGGUACAGCUGUUGGCGGCAUUGGAUGAGGAUGAUGAGCGACGAGCUAAGGAUAUACAGGCGGAGGCUCGAUACAGGAAGAACAAGCCUAAGAUGGGCAAGCUAGCUGCUAAAAAGAAGAAGGGAGCUAGUCCAUCGAGCAGCGAGAACGACUAUGGUAGUGAGGAUGAGAUCAUGAGCGAUGCAAGCGAUGUGAAGCCGUCAAAGAAGAAGGGCGGCAAGAAGGCUGUUGGGCAUCCGGAAGAUGUGAUUAGUUCAUUGUUGCAGAGGUACAAGGCGGAUGGAGACCUGUGUGAAGUGGAUAGGACUACUCUUGAGGUGAAGCCUAUGGAGGCUGAUGCUUGGAGGAGGGUGAAGAAAGAGGAAGGUGAUAAGACAAAGGCAUCCUCUCGAGGAGGUGCUUCCGUGAACCCCUCGCCGUCAACGAGCCCAACAGCAUCCCCAACAGAUGAUUCCUCCACGACUAAGAAAAUAGAGAUGGCUCAUCAGCGGUCCUCGAGUAUCCUUGAGCGUUUACGGAUGAAGAAUGAAGGGAAGAGUGCAUCAUCACAAGUUGUGAAGUCAUCGGAGGCGUCGGGCGGCAAGCAGCUGACAAUGAGCUCCUUCCUUAAGCCGAAGGCCGAGGUGAAGGUCACCGAAGAGAACUGGCUUGAUAGUCUCGUAGCGUCCCGGAAGAGCAAAGACGAGGUUGAUGCGGAGUCCGAGGAGUCGGGCUCGGUGUCGAAGCCUCCGACACCUAAGGGGAAGGCUAAGGCAAAGGCGAAGAGGAAAAGUCCAGCUAAAGGGAAGAGGAACAAGGCUGCUGCUUCUAGUAGCGAAGUCAGCCCUGCGAGCUCGGCUGAGGAGAUCAGCAGCGAUGACGCUCCGGAUUCACCUGUACCCAGGAGCCGAAGACCUGCCCGAGCUGCUGCUGCCCGCGCUGCUAGGAAGAAGCUGAUCGCUUCGAGUGAUUCGUCAGACCAGAGCGGAGAUUCGGGGUCGGAGUCGGCCUCUGGGGAGGACAGCCCUCUGAGCGACUUCAGUGAGCACUUGAGCACAGCGUGUGAUAUUUCGGAAGACCGUCCUAAGAAGAAUACUUUGAAGAGAAAAGUCACAACAGACUCCCCCGCAAAACCCAACAGGAAGUCGCCGGCAGGCGGGCGUAAGCGGCGGAAAGUGGUACGCCUCGACAGUGAUGAUGAUAGCGAUGAGGACUACAACGAUAGUGAUUAUGCAUAA